AGACGAAGAUCCGCCAGAGGCUCUCGGCAGAUACAUCUUUGGCUCCAUUGGUGGUUCUGCCAGUUACAAGCAUUUCUCCAUACAAUUGAUCAUCACAACUUUAUAGACAAGGAAAUUAAUGCUCCAAAACGUCAAGGAGCCUGCCCAAAGUCCCACAGCAAGAUGUCAUGGAGACAGCGCGAUGUGUGAUGAUUUCCUUGAUUCUGAACUUUGUCACAGCCUUCGGUCAUAAUCACAAAGAUGGCCUAAGAGCCACCCCCCAUCUCCAGUGUGAUAUAAACCCGCCCUGGAUUUAUUUGUUAUCCCUAGGCAAUUACUACAAUCAAGGAGCGAUUCGUAAGAGAGAACUCUUGCAGAGCUGUGAUGUUUUGGGGAUUCCACCCUCCAGUGUAACAAUUAUUGACGACAGACAUCUCCCAGAUGACCCGAAUGUUCAGUGGAACACAGAGCUCUUGGCUACCCUUCUCCUGAGGCACAUCAAGGAUAACCACAUUGACCUGGUGGUGACCUUCGACAAUGGCGGGGUGAGCGGUCACGCCAACCACAUCGCCCUUUACUCAGCAAUAAGGUUCCUGCACUCCACGGGAAAACUGCCUAAAGAGUGCGCGGUGCUUGCCUUGGAGUCGGUGAAUACGCUGCGGAAAUACCUGUCCGUGUUGGACCUGCCCCUCACCUGGCUGCGGACCCCGGAUGUCCUCUUCGUGCUGACCCAGAAAGAAGCUGAGCGAGCCAGAAUGAAAGCGUGCGGCGACUCGGGCAAGCCGAGGAACCGGCACAGUGAGCUUCGGUGUCUGCGGGAUGGACGGUCCGGAGCGUCCCGGAGUGGGCCCGUGUGCAGGACCAGGAUUCAGGAGAGAGGCUUGCAGCGGCCCAGCCGGGCUUGUCUAGCAAGAAGCGAGCUGAACCUGAGAGAGCUGAAAGAGGAAGAAAGCCAUGCUCUGUCACAAGAGUCAGCUCCUCUGGUUCCGGCAUCUCUACAUCAUCUUCUCCCGCUUCAUGGUCAUCAACUCGCUGAACUUCCUCUAACACAGCGGAGCAUCUGGAGCAGCCAGAGCAAUGGAGGAGCAUCCCAAGCAGACAGGCUCUCUCCAGCCCUGAUCCAGACCCGGGGCGGAAGCCUGGAGGCCCGUCUACAGCUGUUCCGUCUCCUAAGGCAGAAGGAGGGCUCUGGAAGCCCACAGCAGAGGUCAUCUCCACUGAGUUGUCAUGGGCAAUAAACGUCUGCCCUUCUCCACCCAGCCGGGGACUGACUGUACCAAAGAACCGGAUCUGCAGGAAACUGCACGGAUCUGAGCCCUCCAGCUCGGUGAUUUUCUGUGAUCCGUGUGGCCUGAUAACAUGGGAGGGAAAGGGCAGGGGGACCGAGAGCGGACUUCUUUCCUUUCACCAUUAAAGCUUUGAUAUUUUCA